GCGGCGGCUUCUCUCGCGAGGACGGACGCCAUUAUCGCAUCUCCCCGACAAACACCACGAGAAUUCCGCAGCCCACACGGUGGCAGGAACACUGUCCUACGUGAGUCUGAUUCCCUCUCAUCCACCGGCCACUCUGCUCGCGUCCUGGAUGAUGUCAGAACAGGACCUGGCUGACGUGGUGCAGAUCGCUGUCGAGGAGCUGAGUCCCGGACACCCAGUUGUAUUGGAGAAUCAUGUAGUGACAGAUGAAGAUGAACCAGCUUUGAAACGCCAGCGACUAGAGAUCAAUUGCCAGGACCCUUCUAUAAAGUCAUUCCUGUAUUCCAUUAACCAGACGAUCUGCUUGCGAUUGGAUAGCAUUGAAGCCAAGCUGCAGGCUCUGGAGGCCACGUGUAAAUCCCUGGAAGAGAAGCUGGACCUGGUCACCAACAAGCAGCACAGCCCCAUCCAGGUGCCCAUGGUGGCCGGCUCGCCCCUCGGUGCCACCCAGACCUGCAACAAAGUGCGAUGCGUCGUCCCCCAGACUACAGUAAUUCUCAACAGUGAUCGGCAGAACGCCGUUGUAGCCAAGAUGGAAGACCCCCUGAGCGGCAGGGCACCGGAGCCCCUGGAAAAUGUCAUUAGCAACGCGGUGCCCGGGCGUCGGCAGAACACCAUCGUGGUGAAGGUACCAGGCCAGGAGGACAGCCACAAUGAGGAUGGGGAGAGCGGGUCCGAGGCCAGCGACUCCGUCUCCAACUGCGGGCAGUCGGGAAGCCAGAACAUCGGCAACAACGUCACCCUCAUCACCCUGAACUCAGAAGAGGACUACCCCAACGGCACGUGGCUGGGGGACGAGAACAACCCUGAGAUGCGGGUGCGCUGCGCCAUCAUCCCCUCCGACAUGCUGCACAUCAGCACCAACUGCCGCACGGCUGAGAAGAUGGCGCUCACGCUGCUGGACUACCUCUUCCACCGUGAGGUGCAGGCCGUCUCCAACCUCUCGGGCCAGGGCAAACACGGCAAAAAGCAGCUCGACCCCCUGACCAUCUACGGCAUCCGGUGUCACCUCUUCUAUAAGUUUGGAAUCACGGAAUCUGACUGGUAUCGAAUCAAACAGAGUAUCGACUCCAAGUGUCGGACAGCCUGGCGGCGAAAACAGCGAGGCCAGAGCCUGGCCGUCAAGAGCUUCUCCAGGAGAACGCCGUCCUCGUCUUCGUAUGGAGCCUCAGAGACCAUGAUGAGCACGCCGCCACCUACCAGUGAGCUGCAGCAGCCGCCCCCACAGGCCCUGCACUACGCCCUGGCCAAUGCCCAGCAGGUCCAGAUCCACCAGAUCGGGGAGGACGGGCAGGUCCAAGUAAUCCCACAGGGCCACCUACACAUCGCCCAGGUGCCUCAGGGGGAGCAGGUGCAGAUCACGCAGGACAGUGAGGGCAAUCUGCAGAUACACCACGUGGGACAGGAUGGGCAGGUGCUCCAGGGGGCCCAGCUGAUAGCUGUAGCUUCUUCGGACCCGGCUGCCACAGGGGUGGACGGCUCGCCGCUCCAGGGCAGCGACAUCCAGGUCCAGUAUGUCCAGCUGGCGCCGGUGACCGACCACACCGCUGCGGCCCAGGUGGGUCCUCCCUUCGGGAAGUGCACAGGGCCCGGGGCUCCUGCAGGUGUGGACACGCUUGGGCCUUUCUACCUCGGACCUUCUUCUGUGAGGAAGGUAAGUGACCGUGAGAGGUGCCCGUGUGGACCUAGGCUCUCACUUGGGAUUCUGUCUCUCGUAAGUGCCUGGAAGUGUGAAGGUGAGAAGUCGGUUCCUGGCCCAGGGACCAGCUUGAAGCCAGUUCUCAGGCACAUGUUUACCUAUGAGUUUAGAGGCCAAAUCAAGUAUACCUGAGGCCUUGCUGUUCCUCGGGUUGGGGCAGGGCCAGCCCAGGAUCCGAGGUCCUGCAGGCCCCCAUGUGGGUUUUUAACCCCCAGUGAUGGUACUUGGUCAGAAGACCAUCAUGGCCUCCCCUGGGUCUGGGGGAGCCAGACCUGGACCCCCGUGUGGUGCCCAGGCCCAUAGGACAGGCAGAAUCAUCGGGGUCUGUCAGGGCGUGGUCAGGCUCAGACCGCUGGGGUGGGGGUGACACGGGUGUGCUCUCUCAGCGCCCUCAAACCCAGCCCCUCUGGAGGAGGCCUGUGCUGAGCCUUCAGAUGGGCGGGCAGACACCCCCACUCCUGCCACCCCCACCAUCGGGAAACAUGUGUCCAUGGGAUGUUUGCACUGAGAAAGCACAGCCUUGAGCCACAGUCGGAGGAGUAGCGCCAGCCCCACCGGGGACUCUGCCUCACCUGCGUGGCCCUGGGACCCAUCCAGCUAAAAUUCCUGCCAGGGGAGCCCACCUGCAUUACCAGUGGCUUAGGGAGUCCAAUAAAUCGCCAGUCUAUGUGGGGGCCCCCCAUUCUUGGUGGCCGAGAUGAGUGGUCAGUGACUUAUUCUAAGAUUGUAUUUUUCCCUUUAACUUAUCCUAAACGUGUGAAUAUGCUGACCACUUGGAGGGUGCCCCCAGUGAGAAGCAGGGUGGGAAUGGA